CAACCACAACACCACGCAACUCAAUUUUGUGAAGUUAAAUUCCUUUUUUACACGUAAAUUCAAACAAAGAGGUCCCCACAAAGUAGUGACCCCGCGUGAGGUGCAGCAGCAAAUCCCGACUUCACGGUUUCACAGUGUCGUGGGUGGUGUUAUCCGGUGCCAAAAGGGGUGCUCCCGCGAAUCCCUGCGUUGUGCUUUGUGGUUGGUCGUGGCCACCACCUCCACCACCUGCUGGUGUUUCCGCGGAUCGAUCCCGUGUCGCGUGACACGACAGCCAGCACCUCACCCCAAACCCCAGGGGUUCUCCGGAUGUUCCGUCUACGGAUCUGCUUGUGCCGGAUGCCGAACCUCCGUCUGCCGGUGAUCAGAGCAACCACGAGGACGACGACGACGGAGUAGGACCACAACCCGUGACCAGUGCACACGUACAGACCACCCGUACACGCGCACGCACACUCGCACAUACAUCCGUACGCUCACAAUCAAGGAAGUAACCGCGACGAUGUCGAGCCGCGUCCGGAAGCAUAACGAACCGAUGAAAGCGUUUGUGCCCGUCAGCUCCCUUCUGCUACGGGGCACCGGAUCGAUCCACUGUAGCAGUGGUGGGGGCGGUGGCACAAGUGCCAGUGGCCAGCAAACCGGAAGCCCCAGCGGUGGCACCACGUCGUACUAUACGGGCGGAGGGAAAUCCCUGUCGGCCACACUCUCACCGCCGGUCCGGCACAUCUCGCCGGAACACGCCAUCUGCGGUAACCGGAGUCCGGGUGCACUGACGUGCAAAGGUAAAAUCCUGAAUAUCAACGAGGGUUGCAUCCGGCGUACGGCAUCACUGGACGCACUGUAUCUGCGGCCCGCACCGGCCUGGAGUCUCGUAACGCCGACGCUGCUCCAGCUAGACAAAGCCACCCAGACGGAGGAAUCGUUUCUCGAGCGUACCCGUGGCUCGCUGCUGCUGUCCGCACACGGAUUCCAAACCGUCACCCCGGUCUCCGAAGGUGUCGGUGGUCCGUCCGGUUCGUCCACCUCCUCGUCACCGAUUAUUACGCGCACCGACGCGACGACACCGACGACCGAUCUGAAGAUGGAGAAAGUGAUACGACAAAGACUGCAGCGUACCCAUCGGGGGGAACACUCCGUUAGCUCUCAGACGCUUAGUCCCAACAAUGCUAAAGCAAGCCCCGUAUCGAUACCACCACGUACCUGUCCGCCCGUGCACAUCCGACCGAUGCGCAACAGUGUCGAGGGUUUGAAUCAGGAAAUCGAGAAGUUGGUCCUCUACCCGGGGCAGCAGCAUAGCUGCCGAUCGGAGCUUGAGAUGUACUCACGAGGAACACCGGAAGGUCAUCGGGCACCGUUGGCGGAUCUGUUUCACGGAACCGGUCCCACUUCGAUGACCGGUGGUAGUGGUGUUGGUGGUGUUGGAGGUGGGACAGCUGGCGAUACACGUUCGGUCAACACGCAAACACCGCUUGGUGACACGCUGUCAUCGGAUGAUGGCAGCCAAAGCACCUCACCGGAUGAGGGUGCGGCGGCCACCAGUGCAUCGCCUAGGAUCAACAAGUUCCUUGCCCGCGAACCACCGGAUGGUUGUGAAAAGGUGAAUCUAAAGCUCACCGAGGCCGAUACCAGUACAAACACGGCAUGCUUCAAACCGUGCACCACCGCAUUCAAGUUGAAACCAUCGUUGGGCUCCGCCUUUCAACCGCUGCAACCGUUACAGCCGACACUCAAAACCACCCCGGAAGCGGACGAUGGCGAUCAGGAGCCGAAACAGGACGAUGAUGGCGCUGAGGGUGGUGCCGUCGGUGGUAUUACUUCGUCAACCGAGGCUCCCCAGUGAACGUAGAUAGGGUGGCGCGCGAUUUACUUUAUGUUUCAUGACCUGACAGAUCGACUUUCGUUGCCAUUUUAGCUACCAGAUCACGUUAUGCCAGAGCGGCGGCAGCGGUAGUGAUGGCAUCUUUUCACAGUUUACCAUUCCACGUGAUGGUGAACAUUUUUGUUUGCUCCACGGUUCACGGUGUGCGUGUUACGAUCCCUACCGUAAACGACAUGAUUUUAUUGUGAUCACAUUCUUACAACAACAUUGGCAUUAAUCCAUUAAUCGUAGAUCGGCUCAGCAUAGUUGAGCAAGCUGAGGAAACUGAGACGGAAGCGGGAAAGCGGAAGUAAUGCAAGCAUCAUAUUGCUGUAUGACAGAACCAAAUCGAAGGAAGUGGCGCGAUGUGGUGGUGCGGGGUGUAAAUCACAACGACAAAAACAUUUCCAUUAGCCCAGAACAUUUCAUUAAGCAGCAAAAAAGCAUUUCAUCGUCAGCAUCAUCAACCAACAACAAACAUACAUUCCACACCAACAACACCUGAAGCUUCCAUAGUCCAUGGUACCGUAGGAAUGGUCGCCAGAGUGCCGCAGAUUGGGGAGGCGUUAGGCGCAAUCAUCCGCCAGCCUGUCUGCGUAUAUUUUCUGAAGUUGAAUUGAUGGAAGAUGACACAGGUGGAUAACAGGGAAAACGGCGGUGGUCAAAAUGGUGGGGCAGAUGGAGUUGGAGAUUUACGCAAAGUCAAUAACAAGGCAAUUUUUUGGAAGGCAUUUUUUCUAUCACAAACUACCAAUUAGAAACAACAUAAACAGAUCUGCGGAAGCUUUUCGUAUAGAAGAAAAGAGGCCCCGAUUGCAUCCUAAUGCAGUACAGUAACUAAACAUUUAACUGACUAAAUAUCGCUCAGUUCCAUCGGAGGACAUUUCGUCACUUUGGAUUUUUGUUUCGUUUAGUUUAUAUUUUAACUGUCUUGAGCAUCAGUUUUAAUUUUCAAAAAGUACAAGUACUGAGUUUUCACCAAUUUGUUUUUAACACUUUAACAACUCCGACAGCGCGAGUUUCGUCCCACUUUUUAAGUACAAUCCCCGUGCCAUGUGGGUUACCGUAUGCAUUAUUUUACGAUUAAUCGAUCGCACUUGCUCAUUCACGCAUUAUUCGUUCGCCCGAACAAUCCCAGAGAUUGUAUCCCUGAUGGAACCGGAAACACACACAUACACGCGCAUGCAACUUGGAACCGAAAUAACAAUAAUAUAACAAUUAAGCAAAAUAGUAUCGCAGAACCACAAACAGACAACUACAACCGAAGGAACAGAAACACAUUGAAGAAGCUAAGCUGGCAAACCAAUAGAAUCAAAACUCUUUCACUCUCACACUCUUAGAGGCUUUCGCGUGAAACAUUCUGACAAAGGGUAACAUAUAACGGAAAACCUUAUAUAUAUUUUCUAUAUAUACAAUAUUUUUACUGGCACACGGACGAACACGCACGCACGCAACGGUGUGCCAGGCGGUGUAAGAAAUCAUGGAUAACACAUUUCAUAAAACAGGAAAAAGUCAAUAUAUACACACAUUCGCACGACACAGCAUAAGCCACCAGUAUCGCGAUCAGAGAACGAUGAGGGCAAAGGAAUUAGGGAAUGAAAAGACGUGGACCAAGGAUGCUGUCGCGCAGCGUACUAUCAGCACGAUUGAAUUUUGAUUGCAAGCGAACAAGCGGAGGGAAUGUGCCAGAAAGGCUCAGCUUAAGAUUUCUUUCAUUUUGCAUUUACCAUGCUUAAUAUUACUUUUCCCUUCCAUUCCAACGUUCACACGGGUGACGAAGUUGCAUUUUCUAGUAGGUGAAGGACGAUCGGACCCUGUGCUCAUACUCCCACCACCCAAUAUCCUAGCAAAAUCCAUGCAAUGCCCAAAACAAACAAAUGUACAAAUGGAUCGUCUGCGAUCGAUCGGAGGACAGAACUGGUUGACGCUGAGUGGUAGCCUGGCACGGAACCUCAGCACCAGAGUCGCUACGCGAUACACGGUUGGGGGCCAUUUGUGUCCCGCUAAUCUCGGUUAACAACCUAUUGUCUUUUUAUGUUACUCGAUCACCAUUUAGUUUGUCGCUAGAGUUUGCUUUUAUCAUUCAUUUUUUAUCGAUAUUUUAAUGUUCUCCUUCACACUUUUAUAUUGUUAAUCCGUUGAGCGCGUUCUCGUUAUGAUUAUUUGUAGUUUGCAAGCUUGUUGAAUAUCAGCACGAUGUGAGAUCCCUCGAUCACCGUAUGGGUGAUUGUUGUAUGAUUACUUUCUUAAUUAUAUUAUUUUUAACCGUGUUCGAUUGCAGCAUUAAAAAGAUAUUUUAUCGCA